AUGAGUGAAAGUUAUAACCCAGAUAAUGCUGCUUUACCGGAGUCUCCUUACGAUAUAGCAUUUCUGUCACAAAGAGAUUUAGGAUUGAACAUACCAAUCAAUUAUGCUACGGCUCCUGGCAUUUCUUUGACGGCCGCAUGUUUCUCAUCUCUCAGAUAUGAGGAUAAUGAUGCGGCUACUUGCAUUUCCAAUUUAUUAGCCAAUGGAUUCCGGAGAUUGGAAGUAGAUUUAUAUUGGGAUGAAGCAAGGCAGUUAUGGACUUUUUGUCCUGUUGCUGUACCAGUUUCGAGCACAGAUGUUACCUCUACACCAACUCCAACAUCGACGCUUUCAUCCACCAUAGCCAGUUUGACUUUAGCGCAACAAACUACAGAUUUGAUUCCUAGGCAGAAUGCAGCCACGAGUUCCAUCAUUCCUUCACCGAGUAUGACAGAUGUAGAUGGUACAUUUAGUUCAAGACCUACUUCCCAUAGUGUGUCUGCAGUGGACGUAAUAGCAAGCUCUCUCGAACCAACACUACCUUUAGCCUCUGCAAUCCCAAACACUUCGAACAAAUCGCUGUAUAAUAUCGGAACUUACACUUGUACUAACACUAUCAGUUUACAUAUGCUAACAAGUCUUCUCCUGGAUUACAUACAAGAAACACAAAAUACGCUUGAUGCAUAUAUGUUGAUACUGACUCUCAAUAUCCACGCAGUAGAGACUAGUUCCAGCAUUGAUGACCCUGCUCCUCAGCCAUCCGACCUUCCAGAUCCGUUAGAAUCUCUAAGGUUCCUUUUCGCGGCAAAUUUAUCAGCAUACAUAUAUACGCCAGAUGAUCUAAGGUCCAAUCGAGCAAAUUUAAAUACAUCUUGGUACCAAGUUACAGAAAGAUAUCGGCCUGCUUUAGAUUAUUAUACUACUGUCACGGAAGAAUUUGGUAUCAUAUCGACUGAAGAUGGUUGGCCGUCAGAAUCUUACAUUGAGUUUUCUCAAGGCAAACGAAUGCUUUUACAAUUUGGCUCUGUAGAUCCUCAAAUGGGGAAUUAUAAUUUCAGUGGAGAUGCAGGGACUAUCUUCCCCCCGAACUAUCUCAGCAACCGCCGCGACAAUAACACAUUAGUCAGUGCUGAUGGCGUAGUGGAAACCGGUUGCUUCCUUGUUAAUGUCACCGAAGACAUUUCUCAAGUAAACUCAUCCUGGGCAACAGCGGCAAACAUACCCGGAUUCGAGUAUCCCACAAACUCGAGUUCCAACCUGACUUCUCUCCUCAACCUAACAUCCUCUCUCACACAGUGUGGUAUAUCCCCAACCCUAAACAUAACCCUUCUCAACACCACCGCCGACACCAACAACCUCCCCUACCAAAACUACACCUACUCCACUAUCUGGUCCUGGGCCCCAUACGAACCCCGCUCCUCCAACGACAGCGAUAGCAAUGACCCCCUCUUUCGCUGCGCCACUUUUCACUCGUCCACCGCCCACUGGCACGUAUCCGACUGCUCCAGUAAACUCUACGCCGCCUGUCGCGCCCCUUCACAACCCUACAACUGGACCCUCACCACCUACCCCAUCUCCUACUCCUACGCCGCGCAAGCCUGUCCCUCCCCCUACCUCUUCUCCGCGCCCCGCACCGCCCUCGAAAACGCAUACCUGUCCCAAGCAGUCACAAACCUCUCUCCCGCCCGCGACUUCGACACCGACGAUCCGAAAGUCUGGCUUGAUUUUAAUUCUCUCGAUACGAAAAAUUGCUGGACCACUGGCGGUCCGAAUACCACGUGUCCGUAUAGCAAUCAAGAGGCAGACGAUAAUAUAAGAGAGAGAGUCGUGAUUGUACCAUUGGUGGCGACGAUCAUCGUCCUGCUCAUCUUUUUCCUCGUGCUGUGUGUGAAUUGUGGGAAGGGAUUUUUGGGGAGGAAGAGCGAGGGGAAGAGGAGACGGAGGGUGAGAGAGGGUGCGGUGUAUGAGGGGGUGCCGGCUUGA